AUGUCAAUUGAUGCGACACGAAAGCCACUUCAUGGGCCAUGGGAAGGAGAUACGAAGAUUGUGCUAGGUAUUGAUAUUGGGACUACACAGAGUGGCGUCGCAUUCGCCUUCUUACAGAAUGGUGGAACUCAGAUGAUCCAACGUGUUGUAAAAUGGCCAGGACAAGAGGCGCGAGACGAACAAGGCAAGAUUCCAACACUCGUAUGGUACGAUAGGGAUAAGAAGGCGGUAGCCUUUGGUGCCGAGGCACUACUACCUGCUAUCGAGGAACAAGCCGAAGAUAACGGUUGGGUCCUCGCAAAGUAUUUCAAGCUUCAUUUACACCCAGCUGAUAUGCAAGCAAAACACGAUCUCAAAUUAGAUGAGUUGCCACCCGGAGUCACUCUCCGUCAAAUAUACGCCGACUUCUUGCGUUACCUUCUCAAACACACCAAAACGUUCUUCGAGGACCGCGUUCUUGAUGGGCAACAGACAUGGGCACGGUACAGCCCGACGAUGGAAGUGGUAAUCGCCCAUCCAAACGGCUGGGGCAUUCGUGAACAGACGUUCCUGCGAUCUGCGGCUGUGGCUGCAGGAUUCUCAACUGAUGAAAAGGCGCUGGCAAGUGUUCGGUUUGUGACUGAGGCUGAGGCGUCGGUGCACUUUUGUAUCCAUCAUACAAAUCUUGGGAGCAUUCUCAAGCCUGGUAUCAACUUUGCGGUUUGUGAUGCUGGUGGUUCCACGGUUGAUACCACUUUGUAUUCAGUGAAAUCGGCGCGCCCCAUUCUUAAACUCGAAGAGAAGCGAGCGUCGGCGUGUGUACAGGCUGGCGCUAUAUUCGUCGAUUUUGAAGCUGAGAAGUAUCUGCGCCGAACUAUGACGGGUGCAGGGCUAAGUUCGGAAGAUGUCAUAGAAUACACCAAGACCGGGGUCAAGGACUUCGAAAUGUUUACCAAAAGGGCAUUCAAGGAUGAGACGGCUGAACAAUCGAUUGCUAUCGCCAAAACUCGGUUCAAUAAUACUGCCAUUAGAGCCCGCCGUGGUCGUAUGGCCCUUUCUGGGUCUACUGUAAAAGAGUUCUUUGAUGUGUGCACUCAGGAGAUUACAGCGAGCGUUGAUAAGCAAAUUAACGGCCUUAACGUGCCGUACAUUCUAUUGGUCGGAGGGUUUGGAGAUAGUCCGUACAUACGAGGCGAAUUCAAGAAACGAUACGAACCACGGGGUUCGCAGGUUACUCUCACCAAUGACUCUACGUCCAAAGCUGUCGCAGACGGUGCAGUCAUUUGGAGCACACUGAGCAGUGUUUAUUCGCGUGCUCCACGGUACUCGUUUGGCACUGACGCUAGCACAUUGUAUAACCCUUUUGUUCAUGAUCGUCAAGGAAGAAUUCCCUAUACGUGUGUCAGCGGCGAGGAAAUGGUCUCAGGCACAUGGUCGCAGAUAGUACAAAAAGGUGUAGCGUUGGACGCUGAAGUGGUGUGCAGAGAGUCGUACCGUCACUUAUACGAAACUCCAAAUCCCUAUUUAGAAUUGUACACUCUUGAUUUAUUGGCAUACUCGGGAGAAAACAAGCCAGAGUGGGCACUUGACACUAAUGAUGAAAUGCUCCCUGGAUUCCAAAGAUCGUGCACGGUUCGAGCCAACCUGAAAAACCUCCAGGGAGCACUCCAGUCAUCUGUAGGCCCUAACGGUAACCGUUAUUGGACCCUGAGAUACCAGGUCUGUAUUCGAUUUGGAGGUACUGAGCUUGAGGGCUAUAUGGAGUGGGAAGAAAAGGGGAGCGUUGAUGGUAGUAUGCGUAGGACCAGUGGUUUAAAUCAAUUGUUAGGGGGUAAAAUGCAAAGGACCGGUCUCCAUCAUAUCGCAGGAGAUUGA